GCAAAAACCCAUUGCCUCUCUCAAAUUUCAUGGGCCACUCUUAAAAAUCAAAAUGAUACUCUCUUUCAGUCUCUCUCUCAGAGAGACAGAAAGGAGGGUCGUAGAAGUAUUUCGAUGGCUGGGAUUGCUACUUCAUGUCUAACUGUCUCUUCCAGAAGCAAGUUACGGACAUCCUGGUUGGAAUUUGGGACUCAUCCUGCAAGAAAAAUCCCAGGAAAACAAAACUGUUGGAGAAAGUUUGGAGUGAUUAGAGCAGAAGUCAAUUAUGUGAGUUCAGAAGAAGCAAAGAAACUUGUAGCAGAUGAGGGAUAUGUAGUCCUGGAUGUUCGUGACAUAACUCAAUAUGGAAGAGCUCACAUAAAAUCAAGUCAUCAUGUGCCUCUUUUUAUUUUAAACCAAGACAAUGAUUUAGGCACUAUCAUAAAAAGGACGGUGCACAACAACUUUUCUGGUUUGUUCUUUGGAUUGUCGUUUACUAAGCCUAAUCCUGAAUUUGUGGAAUCUGUAAAGAGCAAGUUUUCACCUGAGAGUAAACUAUUGCUUGUAUGUCAGGAAGGGUUGAGGUCUACAGCAGCAGCCAGCAAGUUAGAGCAAGCUGGUUUCCAGAACAUAGCAUGCAUUACAUCAGGGCUUCAAUCUGUAAAACCAGGAACAUUUGAUUCCGAAGGGUCUACCGAGCUGCAAAAUGCUGGCAAAGCUGGUUUGAUAACUGUUCAAGGAAAGAUCUCUGCUGUGCUUGGAACUGUACUUAUCUGUGCAUAUCUAUUCAUCACUUUAUUCCCAGAGCAAGCAGAGAAGCUGUUUAACUUGGCCCCAGCAAGUUGAAUUCUUCAUUUGCACCACUAGAAGAUGGCCGAAAGAGAGAGAUAUGUUGAGGCAAUCUGUAAAAUUUUCAGUUAAAUGUAUCCGGAAAUCUCACACACAAUGCCCGACUGAUCUGAAAGAAAAGAUAAUAGACCAAGAAAUUACACUACUGAUCAUCCUAGCAUUUAUUUUCUUUGCAGCAUUUAUCUUCCUCUUUUACACUUCUUGUUCUUGAAUGUAUUUAGACAGCAGACCGCCAGUUUAAAUAUAUUGCAAGAAAAUUUAAUUUUUAAA